AUGAUUUAUACUAAUUCGAACAAACCUACUACCCUCGUCUUUGAUCUCGGAGAUGUUCUCUUCUCCUGGUCUUCUCAAACCAAGACCUCUAUUCCACCAAAUACUCUGCAGUCAAUUCUCGCCUCGGGUACAUGGUGCGAAUACGAAUGUGGACUAAUCAGCACACAGGAAUGUCAUACGCGUGCAGGCAUUGAAUUCUCCCUCGAUCCCGCUGAGAUCGCCUCCGCCUUCAGACAAGCUCGGGAAUCACUCCAACCCGACGAGCAGCUUGUUUCACUCAUCAAGGACCUUCGGGCAGCAUCCGGUGGCACUCUCCAAGUGUACGCGAUGUCGAACAUCUCGGGCCCGGACUACGACUUCCUUCGCACCACCAAGCACGUCGACUGGUCGGUUUUCGACCGCGUCUUCACAUCUGCCGCCGCACGACAACGCAAGCCAGACCUCGGCUUUUACAGACACGUCAUCUCCGAAGGCGCAUUCGACCUAAGUCGUGCGGUCUUCAUCGACGAUAAGAUCGAGAACGUGCUCUCUGCACGAUCUCUCGGAUUCCACGGUAUCGUCUUCGACAACGCCGCGAACGUUACUAGGCAGUUACUCAACCUCUGUGGGGACCCCGUCGCGCGCGGUGUUGGUUACCUUCACAGUAAUGCAGGAUUGCUGGAGUCGACCACGGAUAGCGGAGUGGUCAUCGAGGAUAACUUCGCGCAACUGUUGAUUUUGGAAGCUACUCGUGAUCCGCACUUGGUUGACCUGGACUUCCCCGCUAGAUCACUUGUGAGUGCGCUUUCGAGACCAGCUCGGACGUGGAAUUUCUUCCGUACUGGCAAAGGUGUCCUUACGAAGGCGAACUUCCCAAAUGACCUGGAUACGACUUCUCUGGGAUUGACUAUUCUUCCACCUUCGACCGACGUUAUCCACUCAGUCUUGGACGAAAUGCUCGAGUACGUGAACAACGAUGGUAUUGUUCAGACCUAUUUCGACACAACGCGCCCUCGCUUCGACGCCUGUGUCUGCGUGAACGUUCUGACCCUCUUCUACACUCACGGUCGAGGUCACGAACUCCGCUGCACGCUCGAUUGGGUUCACGGUGUCCUCAUCCAGCGCGCCUACAUGGACGGCACACGUUAUUACACCACCCCCGAAUGCUUCCUCUUCUUCAUGGGCCGACUCCUAACCUCAUGCAAAGAUCCGGAGCUGCACAAGAUGCUCAUGCCGGCAUUCAAGGAAAGGGUUCAGGAGCGCAUCGGUGCUGAAGGAGAUGCGUUGGCGUUGGGCAUGCGGAUCCUUGCGUGUGCUGCGGCAGCCGUGAAGAACACGAUCGACAGGGGGACAUUGUUGUCUAUGCAGUGUGUCGACGGAGGUUGGGAGACGGGAUGGGUUUAUAAGCUCGUCGUUUCGAAGGUUAGGAUUGGGAGUCGGGGCCUGACCACUGCGAUCGCGCUCGCUGCGCUUUCAGCGCCUGUGUUUGGGCAGCAACCGAAGUUCAAUGGAUUGCAUCAUUCAGAGCAGGCGCAGAUUUCCCAGCUUGUUUAG